ACUUUGCUAAAAGCAGUCCAAAGGACCUUUACCCACGUGGCCUGCGCAUAAGAAAUGGUCAUUCAGAGGAUAUUCUCAGGCAUUCAGCCAUCAGGAGUUGCUCACCUUGGCAACUACUUGGGAGCAAUCCGACAGUGGGUGAGCUUGCAAGACAAAUGUGAGAGUAUCGUAUACAGUGUGGUGGACCUCCACUCUCUAUCAGUGCCUCAGGCUCCGCUGCUGCUCAAGCGGAACAUCAGGAGCAUGACUGUGUGUCUGCUUGCCUGUGGAGUUGACCCGGACAAGAGUAUUAUCUUCCAGCAGUCGCAGGUGCCCCAGCAUGCACAGUUGAUGUGGCUGCUCAGUUGCAGAACUCCUUCUGGAUGGCUAAGCAGGAUGACUCAGUGGAAGGCCAAGGGAGCUACUUCCGACAGAGACGUGGUCAGUCUGGGCCUGUUUGCUUAUCCAGUGCUGAUGGCUGCAGAUGUAUUACUAUAUAAAGCCACUCAUGUGCCCGUGGGAGAGGACCAGCUGCAGCACUUGGAGCUCACAAGAGACAUUGCUCGAUCAUUCAACUCAACAUAUGGCGCAACAUUUCCAGAGCCUAAACCUUUGCUUAGCAAUCACAAACGAGUUAUGAGCCUAAGAAAUCCACUGCAAAAAAUGAGCAAAUCUGACAACCAGGAAAUGAGCCGAAUCACUCUCUCUGACACCCCAGACGAAAUAAGGAAGAAAUUUCGAAGAGCUGUAACUGACUCAAUCGGCAACAUAACCUUUGACCCUGCUGAGCGGCCGGGUGUUUCGAACCUAGUGACCAUCUACAGUGCAGUGACUGAGAUUAGCACAGAAGAGGUGUGCUUGCAGUUUGAGGGCAAGCAAAGUGUGGAUCUGAAGGAAGAACUGGCAGAGAUCCUUGUCGACAAGUUGGGUCCAAUACGUGAGAGGAUUGAGCAGCUGGAGAGUGACGAGGGUUACGUUGAUGAUGUCUUGACAAGAGGUGCAGAGAGAGCAAGAGCUAUAGCUGAGGAUAAUAUUUCCACCAUUACCAGACUAGUGGGCCUUUCCUAGUUCACAUGUGUGUACUGGCAUAUAUAGAUCUGUGUUCUUGUUUGUCUUAUGAUGACAUUGCUUAGCUGUUGUGAAAUAAACUGUGCAAACAUUACCAUAUAUAAAAUUAAUGUUCUAAACAAACUGAAA